AAAUAUGAGCGACUCCGAAGAAGCCAAAGCCGACGACACCAAGAAAGUUGUGUUCAAAAAAUCCUCCCGCAAAAACCUCAGGCAGCGGAAAAACUCGGACGAUGGGGAAAAGGAGGAACAGAUAACUCUCGAAGAGAUCAAAGAACGCCAGCGACUGCGACAGCGGCCCAAUGGCGUUAGCCUGGUGGGGCUCGCGCUGGGAAAGAAAAUGGCCCCCGAGGAGGAGCUGGCCAUCAAGGAUCCCUUCAACGUGAAGACCGGAGGUCUGGUCAACAUGCAACAGUUGAAAUCAGGCAAGAUGAAGGAGGCGGACGAUGCCUAUGACGUCGGAAUUGGAACCCAGUUCUCGGCGGAGACAAACAAGCGCGACGAAGACGAGGAGAUGAUGAAGUACAUUGAGCAGGAGCUGCAGAAGCGCAAGAGAGGAGGCACUGACGCUUCAGCGGCGGAAGAUGAUGAUGUAAACAAGUACCUAACGCCGGAGGACGCAGCCCUCUAUGCUCUGCCAGACCAUCUGAGGCAAUCGUCUUCUCACCGAUCCGAAGAGAUGUUGUCCAACCAGAUGCUUAACGGUAUACCCGAGGUGGACCUGGGCAUCCAGGCCAAGAUACGAAACAUCGAGGCCACCGAGGACGCCAAACAGAAGCUACUGCAGGAUGCCAAGAACAAAAAGGACGGACCAUCCCAGUUUGUGCCCACAAAUAUGGCUGUAAACUUUAUGCAACACAAUAGAUUCAACAUCGAGGACAACAGCGAGCAGAAGAGACGCAAGCGGGAGGACAAAGAGGGUAACAAGUCAGCGCAGCACCAAACCAAUCCCAAUGGUGUCAAGCGGGCGACUGAUGAUUAUCAUUAUGAUAAGUUUAGAAAACAAUUCCGUAGAUAUUAAAUGUUUCGAGUUAUAAGUAAUAAAAGUUUUAUAUUUAUUUGUAAUUCUUUA